AUGAACUCGCAAAUGGAUACAGACGAGCAAUCUGUAGUCCUCCCCUCCAUCCUCGGCGCAUUGCUAGGCACCCAGAACGGUCGAGAAGUCGAGAUUGUAAAUACAUUCGAACUUGCCACAGAAGAAGGUCGCGAUGACCUUGUAGAUCACGAUUUUUUGAUGUCUAGACGAGAUCAGUGGUACUGCUCGACGCCGCUCCUGCUUGUCCUACAACCAUCCACGAUAUCUUCUUCUGAUAUCACUGGGCAGACACUUCCUUUCAAGGCUUAUGAGCCCACUAUCGAAAUAAGGGAUAAGAAGACACGUUCUGUGUUUAUAGAGGCACCAUACAAGGUAGAGACAGGUGAAGCCGAGCGUAUUGCUGUCGAUUGGACAGCCAAGGGUGGCGGUGGGAGUACCAGCCUUGAAUCUCAUCUUCAGUCUCAACGGGCAGCAGUCAAAAUGUUACAUGAGCGAAUAUUAGUUCUCGUGCAGUAUGUGACAAACGUGAUCGCAGGCCAAAUUCCGACAGAUCAUACAACCCUUCGAUCUUUGUCUGCCCUGAUUGCCUCGUUACCGGCCAGUGAAAACAAGGGCUUCCGCGAUGAAUUUAACACUGAGUAUGAAGACGUCCAGCUUACUGCGUUUCUUUCAUCGCUUACAAAAUCAACAAACAUUUUGAAUGACCUUGUCGACAAGCACCUUGUACUCACAGGAGGAUCACGGGACGAUCGCACUCUAACUGUUAGGAGGAGGGGGAUGGGUAGACAAGGGAUGAUGCCAGGGGAUUGGGGGAUGCACCCAUAG